UGCAAUUGAGUGUUUGAGACUGGAUUUGAUCAGUUCCUUAACGUUUUUGUGACGAACUUUCAUGUCACUAAACAUUGAUAGCUGAGAAUUCAUGCGCUGAAUUUGGCAGCUUCAGAAGGCUGGCUUUUCAUCUCCCACGCCCAUUCAAGCUCAAUCAUGGCCAAUCGCAAUGCAAAGCAAAGAUGUGGUAGCAGUCGCAAAGACAGGAUCUGGGAAGACUCUGGGAUACCUCGUGCCUGCUUUUCUACACCUGGCAUCCCACCGAAACAAUUCACGAAAGGGACCGACCGCGCUCGUGUUGGCUCCUACGCGCGAGUUGGUGAUGCAGAUACAUGACGAAUGUGCGAAGUUUGGGACAUCUUCAGAUAUAGUUGGCACGUGUUUAUAUGGUGGUGCUCCGAAGGGUCCUCAGCUCCGAGACAUUGAACGUGGAGUGGACAUUGCCAUAGCAACCCCAGGACGCUUGAACGACUUUUUGGAAGGAAGGAAAGUGAGUCUAAAGCAAGUAUCGUAUCUGGUCCUUGACGAAGCUGAUCGUAUGCUGGACAUGGGUUUUGAGCCCCAAAUCCGCAAAAUAGUAGAGAACACAUCCCCCCAAAGACAGACACUCAUGUACACAGCAACUUGGCCCAGAAAAGUGCGCAGAAUGGCAGCCGACUUUCUCUCAAAUCCAGUCCAAGUCAGCAUCGGCAAUGUGGACGAGUUCACUGCAAACAAGGCUAUUACCCAGGCAAACAAACUGAAGAGAUUGGUUUUUCCUGAAAAUUUCAGUCAUUUCCAAAUUCUUAAGAAAAGCUUGUCUUGGGAAUGCGAUGAGGUUUAUCCUGUGGAAUGUAACGUGCGACAGUUUCUUUUUUUGUUUUUGUUUCUUUUUUUUUGUUUUCUCGUACGAGUUUCGUGUAUCUUGUGCUGGCAGCAUGUCGAAGUAGUGGAGUCCUGUGAGAAGCAACGACGAUUGGUGGAGAUGCUACGGUCGCAGGAAAAAGGGUCCAGAAUCAUCAUCUUCUGUUCAACAAAGCGAGCAUGCGAUACCCUUACACGCUGUCUGGGCCAUGAAUUUGGAGCGGCUGCAAUCCAUGGCGACAAGUCUCAGGAUGAACGGGAAUCUGUGUUGUCUCAUUUCCGGAACGGCAGAACUCCGGUCCUUGUUGCAACGGAUGUAGCUGCUCGGGGACUCGAUGUCAAAGACAUCAGAGUGGUGGUGAACUACGACUUCCCGAGCGGGAUCGACCACUACGUCCAUCGCAUUGGACGCACUGGACGUGGCGGCGCCACCGGGGUAGCCUACACGCUUUUCUCCACCAAGGACGGGAAAUACGCUAAUGCGCUGAUCAAAAUCCUGGAGGGAGCAAAUCAGAUAGUCCUCCCCGAGCUUCGAGACAUGGCCAGCAGCGGUGGAGGCUCGCUGCAUGAUUGAGUGCGGGAGUAACCACCAGUCACAUGGAAGAAGUCGUCGCACAAGUCUUUGUCGAUGCAACAGUCGCAGCGGAUGUAGAGCCUGUUCACCACCAGGUCAAGAGGAAGAUGCGACGCUUUCAGCAGGGCCCAGCUCACGGUCUUCUUUGUUCCGUUGAAACAUCCAGCGAUUCACGCGAGUUGCUGUGGCCUUCGCGGUGAGGGGCAGCUUUUUGCGUCCCGGAUCAGGCAGUGCAUGAUGCGCAAUGGCCCCUGCCACCGCUUUGCAGAUUCCUUGUGUGCACUCGGAUCCAUACCAUUUUCAGAGUUGCAGUUGCAGCUUGCGCAAACCCUUCCGACGUCGCGUUUGUGUCCAGCACGAGAACUGGGAAACAGUUUUCACCGGCUCAGGUGAACCCAGUAACAAAACUUUGUUACAUAUAUAUAUGUUUAUACUUAGAUAUAUAUAUAUAUA